CAGGCACACAAAUGCUAGUAACGCCGUCAGGUCUGACUACUGGAGCUCUGUCAGCGCUGAAGACAAGCGAAGGAAACGCUCUUAUCGUAGACAGUCAAGAUUUGCCCAGUGAGGUCCGAGCAUACGACACCCAGAGGGAACAGGCUUCAGUAGACUGAUGGACACACUGCACUAAUACACUCUGUCUGGAUCGCAGUCUGGCCGAUUGACACACUUGCUGAACACACACACUAACACACUCACGCUCACACACACUACCACUGACUACCUGUAAGUGGGUGGGAUAAAUGGCUGACAAACAGAUCAGCUUGCCUGCCAAGCUGAUUAACGGGGGCAUCGCUGGGAUAGUGGGAGUGACAUGCGUGUUCCCCAUCGACCUCGCCAAGACCCGCCUGCAGAACCAGCAGAAUGGAUCCCGCCUUUACACCAGCAUGUCAGACUGCCUUAUCAAGACCAUCCGGUCAGAAGGGUACUUUGGGAUGUACAGAGGUGCUGCAGUGAAUCUGACCCUGGUCACCCCGGAGAAAGCCAUCAAACUCGCAGCUAAUGACUUCUUCAGGCAUCACCUGACCAAAGACGGGAAGCUGACUCUAGUCAAAGAGAUGUUGGCAGGCUGUGGGGCAGGUACAUGUCAGGUCAUCGUCACCACGCCCAUGGAGAUGCUCAAGAUACAGCUGCAGGACGCUGGCAGGAUCGCCGCCCAAAGGAAGCUGAUGCCGGAGACCGUGGCCCCAGGGGGCCCUGUGGAGAUGAAGAGCCCCACCGCCAUGCAGAUCACACGAGAACUACUGCGCUCCAAAGGCAUAGCCGGCCUGUACAAGGGCCUCGGAGCCACACUGCUCAGGGAUGUGCCGUUCUCUAUGGUCUACUUCCCCUUGUUUGCGAACCUGAAUGACCUGGGCAAGCGAGGAGUAGAGGGCCCCGCCCCCUUCUACGUCUCCUUCGUGUCAGGCUGCAUCGCCGGCAGCACUGCGGCUGUGGCUGUCAACCCUGUCGAUGUGGUAAAGACCAGGUUACAGUCUCUGAGUCGGGGUAGUCAGGAGGACACCUACUCCGGAGUGAGCGACUGUGUCAGUAAGAUCCUGCGUAACGAGGGUCCUGGCGCCUUCCUGAAGGGGGCGUACUGCCGCGCCCUGGUCAUCGCACCGCUCUUCGGAAUCGCACAGGUUGUCUACUUCCUGGGUGUUGGAGAAGCCAUCCUCAGCUACCUGCCAAAGCGGGAAAAAUAGCCAAUCAGCUCCCUGCUACCAACCUAUACUCCGCCCCCACCCCUCCACCUUCAAUCGUCACUACCCAUCAUGCAUUGCACCAGACCUCGGCUCCACAUCAUCUCAUGACAGAAGCUUCUGAUUGGUGCAGGGUCAAGAUGUGAAGAGGACCAUCCACUUUUGGAGUUUUUUUUUAUGUGUUGAUUAACUUUUAAUUUGAUUUUGUUUGUUUGUUUUUUGUCUUGUUUUGUUUGUUUGUUUAUUUGGAGAUGGACAGUGUUGUCUUAGCCAAGCUGCCUCUGGAGGCCAUGUUGUCUCUGGCUUCCUGUUAUAACUCAACUCAAUGCCACAAAUUGUUCUGAUUGGCUGGACUGGUCCAGAUCUGCUCCUUUAUUGGCUGGAGAACCUUUAUCCUGAUUUGGCUGUAGACAAAGAAAGCUCCCUCUCUCUCUCUUUCCCUCUCUCUCUUUCUCUCUCUCUCUUCAUCUCUCUCUCUCUCUCUCUCUCUCUACACGCAUAAUAAGUCAGCUGGAUGAGAGUGAGUCUGCUAAAAUGUCAGGCAAAGCAAAACAGCAUCUCUUCCACUGAAAGCACCAGUCAGAGCCUCUCAAACACACAUGCAUGCGCACACACACACACACACACACACACACACCUGAGGGUGUUUGAAGCCUUCAGUGUGUCUGUCUGAAUUUGACAGCUCAUCACUCAUGAGCAGAGCUGUGCUGGGUAGGGUUUGUAAAGGCCUUUACUGGUGUCUCCAUCUCACCAGUCUAUUUUGAUCCUCUGGGGCUUCCGUACCAGUCUCCAGAAUUUCACCCAGGCCUAGCCCUUCAGUGAUUGGCUCUCUUAAAUUUCACUCGUCACCCCUGUAGUCACUUCAACAUGAACUGGCCUGUGGCUGCACUGAAGCCGUCGAUACAUUCCAAACUGGCGUUCUGUCCAAAUGAGAUUUUAAUCGGGAAACAAAUUGUCAUGAAUUUAUGCAUGUUUUUGGAUGUUGUUGUUGUGUUAAUGCCUGAGAAAGAUACCCCAUAUCAGCUUGCCCGCACUGGCACAGACACACAUAGCCAGAUCCUUUCCAUUGUUGAGGCACAAAGUUUGUGUGUGUGUGUGUCUGUGUGUGGACAUGUGUGCCUUUAUGUUUGUGUGUGUCUGUGUGUGUGUGUGUGUGUCUGUGACUAAUGAGGGCCAUCUGGAGUUGAAUACUGCUCUGGCUUGUGUGUGUGUGUGUGUGUGUGUGUGUGUGUGUGUGUGUGUGCUCUGUGGAACCAGGCUGCCACAUCACACACACUCUCCCUCUCAGAUGUGGGGCCUGAGUUACAGACGCCCAGACGAGUGUGUGUGUGUGUUUGUGUGAGAUGCUCUGAAGUCGGAGCGGCAGAAAGCACUAACAAUGUAAACUUAGCAUGAAGGAAAUCAUGACCAGAUGAUGCUACCGUGACCAUAGCAACAGAAUGAAUGAAUGAACCACAAAAAUGAAUUGAUUGGUGAUCAGUUAGUGCUGUCACUAUGUUGAUGCCUUUGGUGUUUGUUGGUUUGUGUUGUUUUGUUGUUUGGUUUGAUUUGUUUUGACUUUGCUUCGAGCAAAAAGCUGCCGUGCUGCAACACGUCCAGUAGGUGUGUCUGGCGCAGGGCAUUAUGGGAGGCCUGCCAUUGGUCGCCUUGCUCAGAGCUCAAGGUGACCUUGAAGGUGACUCUCGCAUCAUAUCCUGUCACGUCUCCCCUGCCUGGCAACCACUGGGGCCCCGGGCAUCAGCACGACCCACAAUGCACCUGUGCUGAGCCUCUUUCUGGCACCAAACCCUCGGAUGGGGAGAACCUGUUCAGUCAUGUUCCUUACAUGCUCUAAAUAUAUAUUAACAUACAUAUAUAUCUAUAUAUCUAUAUAUUUGUAUCUAUUGUUUUGAAUGUGUCUGUGUUGCGUGUGGUUCUCUAUGAUUCAGUAUAUUGUAUAUGCAGAUGAUAUGAAAUUCUAUGUUGCUUCUGUUGAUUUUGAUGGAUCUUAUUUUUGAUGUUUUAUGUUUUUAAAAGCUUUUUUGCACACCUACCUCUCCCCCCUCUCCCCUUGUUGGAAGCUUCAGUUGACCUUUGGGAGCAGAAACACAGAGGACAGAAAGAGACGGAGGGAGAGCGUGUGUGUGAGGGAUUAUUGGUGUUCUGUUGAACCCGUGUACACAAACAACCUCACUAGCCCAAGAGGCUAACGUUUCAGCUCCUAUUCCAAGUGCUUUAGCCUACACACCAGACUCAUAUAUUGUGUCUGCUCGAUGAAGCUAUCUGAUGCAAAUCUGUUAGAUAUUAGCUUAGCUUAGCGCACACUGCUAACAAGCUCAGCACAAGUUGAGAGGGCAAUAGUAUACGGUAUGUGGUCCAGGUUUGAUGCCUGAGGGUGUGUAGAUCAGUGUUAACGGUUAAUCACCAUUUGGUUCUGCUCGCUACUAAAGAGCUAGCCUAGCUAACUAAAAGCCAGCUCCCUCCACAGCUAACUGUGAGCACGCUCACCAUCUGCGCUAGUCUGUGGGUGAAGAUAGAGUAAGAGAGCACAGCUGAAAAGUUUGACCUUUCAACUUUGACCUCUGACCCCACUGCUUCCUGUGUCCUGUUGCAGCUGCAUGGUUGGUGUCCACGACCCCUAACCCCUAACAUUCCAGCGGUGAACUCAUCUCAUGUGCAUAUUUGUUUGAUCGCUUGUUUGUUUGUUUGUUUGUGUAUUUUGUGAUCAUGGCUUAUGCUCCAUCAUUUCUUUUUGCGUACGUGUCAUGAUUUUUUUUUUCAUCUUGUUGAUUUUUCAGCUCUGUUGUGUUUUAUAAAAGAUUGCCGGUCUUGGAAUGAUUUUUGUUCUCUCAGCUGUGAACUUGAAAAGGCUGUGAUGUGUACCUGAUGUAUCGUGUACCGAGUGUGUAUGCAGUGGCUGUGUAAAUAUGUGUGUGUCUGAACAUGUGUGUGUGAGAUUGUGCCUAGUGUAGUGUGCUCUGUGAGUUUUUUUGUUUUUUGUUUAUGUGAUACUCAUGGUGUUUGCAGGCUCUCUCCACACUCUUUCUCCUUUUAUCCUCUCCUCCUCUCUUUGCUAUCCCUGUCUUCCCUCCCUCUUUUGGGGAUGGACAAAUGGGGGGUGCUCUUAACACCAAAAACAAUCUUUACAAUCAGAGAAGGAGACAUAUAUUUAAUAUAUGUGUAUGUAUAGAUAUUUAAUGAAGCACAAAGAAUGGCCAGGCACAACUACACUCGCACACAGUGUAUAAGCCCAGUGACGUUACACGCCGGUCCAUCCACACAAAACAGGAAACGUAGAUUAGGGUGUUUUAGGCUCCCAACUCCACAACUUUACGAAGUUUAGGAUAUCUACUUAUUAAAGGACACUUUGGAUCAAAGAAUGUAACUUUGAGACUUAUAAAUAUUAUCACCUUGUGUACUAGAUGUGAGCAAUCCUUAUUGUGUAGUUCAGUAGUUGUUAGGCAAAGACCUGGUAAACAGGCAAGUCUGUGUGACAGAUACACUGACUAAGGAGGUGAACCAGCUUAACGUAUAUGCAAUAAGACAACAGACUUUACCUACACACUACUGCACACACACACACACACACACACACACACUUUCACUCCACCUGAUUCCUCCAAGAGGAACUGUGCAAUCAUGCACUUUACUCACAAGAACCACACACACACACACACAUAGGCCCUUAAAAAAGAAAAGCCUUCUAAAAGAGGGAGCGGGUGUGGACUCACAUGGAUGCACAUAGUCACAAAUGUUUAUGUGUGUGCGUGUGUGUGUGUCCAAUGAAACUGAAGUACUACAAUUGUCUGUAACUGUUUACCAUGCGGCGAGUGGGCAUGCGCACGGAGGCGUGUUGCAUUCCAUGCCACUCAGAUUGUUGUUCAAUAAAAAUGAAUUGACCGAUCCAG